AUGCAUAUCCAACUCCCUUCCCCUACGUCACCCUCACAGGUGUUCAAAUCAUCCAGUCGACGAUCCCCCCUCUCACCAUCCACCGUAAUCCCCCCUUCCAUCAGUGUCCAGAACUCUUCCGCAACGAGACACGAAGCCGGCUCGCCAACGAAAGCGUCCGUCUUGCUCUCAAAAGUGGCGUCGAGCCCCGGAUCAAGACGACGUACUCCGGCGUCAACACCGCUACCGACUCCGCCGGCGAGGGAGAGUGAACGUCAGAUAGAUUCAUUGCACAUGUUGCAUAAUGAGCAGCAUUCGUCGAGCGAUGAAGGACGAUGGUCGAUCCGAGAAAAGAGAGAUGGCUAUGUCAGCUUCCCCGACUUCGAGCAGUACCAGCAAUCGUUCGACUCGCAAGAUUAUGGGGACAACGAAGAAAACUAUGAUCAAUCGUGA